AUGGAAGAUCCAUCAAGCGAUAGUGGGCAAUCAGCAAACGGCGCUGAGCCUGAGCUGGACCCCAUGAAAUUGUAUGACAAUGAAGAGAGCAGAUCCCAUACCGUGGAUGAUUCAAAUGGACAGUCUUCUAUGGAUGUUGACAGAAAACAGCUUUCUGUGGAUGCUGAUAUGAAUGAGAAACCAUCCUUGGAUGGUGAUGGUAAGGGAAAGUACUCCGAGUCACAUGCAGAAGUUCCAAUUGACAUGAGCUUGGGAAGCCUAGAGAGGUUCUGCAAGGAAGCAUCAAGGUCAUUUUUUGAUGAGGUUGGUCUGAUUAGCCAUCAGAUAAAUUCCUACAACGAGUUUGUCUCGCAUGGGCUCCAGGAGCUAUUUGAUUCGCUUGGAGAAGUGAUUGUCGAGCCAGGUUAUGAUUCCUCAAAGAAAGGAACUGUUGGUGGUUGGAGGCGUGCCGUCAUCAGGUUUGGCAGAGUGAAACUGGAAAAGCCUGUAUUUUGGUCUGGCAAAGAUGAUAUUGAUGAGGAGUCACUUAAGCUGAAGCCUAGACAUGCUCGCCUCCAAAAUAUGACAUAUUCCUCCAAAAUGGGAGUAGAAGUGCAUAUUCAGAUUUAUUCUAUGGAGAAAAGUGACAAGUCUAAAACAGAGAAUGAUGUUUUUGGUCACAAGAGGGUUCUUAUGGAUGAAACUCAUCUGGUGUCUAUUGGCCACCUUCCAGUCAUGGUUAAUUCAAAUUUAUGCUGGUUGCAUGAACUCAAGGAAAGUGACUGCCUUUUUGAUUCUGGUGGAUACUUUUUGAUCAGGGGAAUGGAGAAGGUAUAAUUCUAUUGAUCUCUCUU